AGCCAUGGGUAUGGGUAAUAUACCCUAUAGAAAUCGUCAAGUUUGAUUAACAACUGCAGGAGAACCAUACGAGACCAUUUUUUCCGUGCAAACGGUACAAAUGGCUUGCAAUUCACUCAUAUACGUGCAGUAAUUCCACAAUAAGACACGAAAAAGUGAUCUUUUUCUUUGAAAGGGUAUAUGGUUAGAUGCUCCAGGUUCUGCUGAGUAUUUUUAUAUAAAAUUCUGCAAGUUUUACUCAACUCCACCAGCCAAAGAAACUUUUUUUAUCAACUGCGUUGCAAAUCUUCAGGCAUUUGUCUGGACGUGUUCUGAAUGGGAACGCAGCACAUACGUUAUGUUCUAGUUUGGAACAGACAAGAGAAAAAAAAUUCCGAAAAGCUUUCAUUCUCAUUAAUAAAAGACAAUCUUAAAUAUUUGUAACUUACACAGAUCGAUAGAUCUCAUUCUCCUCUGCUGAUGCUGGGAAAAGUAAAAAUUUUCUCCCAACGUUUAGAAAUGGCUUCAAAGCAAAAUUUUUCGUGUCGUAAUGCGGUCAACGACCGCAUCAGCUCUACCAUGACAAAAUCUAAAAGCUUCUGGUUUCAGAAAACGAAUGGACUCAAAAUUUUGAGAUAUUGCUUCGAAAUUAUUAGACUAUCAUUUUUAAAACUACACAAGUUUCAGAUUUUCAUUUACCACAGUUCGGGAGCCAUAGGCAUUUUUCCGAACUAUAUCUACAUUGCAAAUAAUUUUACGUCUAGUUUUUCUACUGCGAUAAUGAAACUUACAACUACUGUAACAACAGGAAAUGUGCUGUAAGAAAGUAAACGACAAAAUAUUCUCGUUUCUGUUAUAUGAUUAUCAAUAUUUACUUGAAUGCCGAUAUUGCUAUUGUUGAAACUAAUUCGUAACGAAGGGAAGAAUAAGAAGUGAAAAUAUUCCUUAGUGCAUUUGAUUUUUUUCUACAUAGAAGUUGAUAAAAUAUUGUUCAGAUUAUAUUCCGCUUCUAACUUUUAGAAAGUAACAGCCACAUCACCGUUACUUUAACAGUAUGUUUCUUAUGUUUUAUAUUAACCUUGAUCUCUUGUGUUUCAUUGCUCUGAUGUCUUUUCCUGUAUGAGUAACUAAGGUUUUUUCUCCAUCGUGCACAGACAUUUUUAGCUGUAUAACAUUUGCUGUAUAACCUUUGCCAAGGAAAAGAGAAACAGGCUAAUAGAGCGUCUACUUAGUUGGGGAAAAUAACCGUGACUUUUGUUUUUGAUAUACCUCCUUCACUACUAAUUCUAGUAAUAACUCUCAGUGAAUGCUGAUUACCCAUCGAAUUCAAGUUCUACUUUUCUUUAAGAUAAUUUCGAAGAUCUUUUGAACGUUUCGACAUCAUUGAAUAAUUCAAAAAUUCGGUCAGUUCGCGUAGGUUUGGCUGUAUAUUUAUGCAAAAUGAUAUUGGGUCUUAGUAAUACCGUUCUUGUUACUAUGUUUCAUUUAAAGAAUAAACGGACAGUCUCAUAAAUAACCCAUCGAGUUUGUGAAGUAUUGACAAUUAAUUUUGUACAGGAUACUAUUGGUUUUCGUCAUACUGACCGUCGAACAGUUGUUGAACAACAUACAACGCAGAUUUGUAAAGAAAUAAUAGUAAAUACAAAAGAUCAACAAUUUGUCAUCAUGGAUGGUAUAUAUAUUUACUGUCAAAAACCUGGAAACAACAAAGCACAAAAAGCAAUAUACAUUAACCAUAAAACCGACACUUAGUGACACCAAUGCUUAAACAAUUACUAGUUGAGUUUCCUACAACACUUGAUGAUACAAAAACGUUUGAUUUUGGUGACUGUAUGAGUAUAUCAUCAAUAAGUGUACUCCAAUUAUUAGAAAAAGAUAAUAAUUCCGCUGGUACAUACGUUUAUCUUGUUCUAUUACAUUUAUUAAUACGUUCAUUUGUCAAUAAAUCAAUUAUCAUAGCGGAUCGUGUACAUUUUUCGUGGGUGGUGGUUUUUUUGUUCGAUUUUGGAAACAUUGGUUGGCUUGAAUUAAGAAUAAAUCAAUUAAAUCGUCAUUUAUAA